CAGCAUCUCCGCUCCCCAGCCACUGGAGAAGGAGGGGAAGGAGAGGGGGGAGAGGAGGACAAGAAAGAAAGAGAGAGGUAAAAGCAGGGCUUUGUGGCUCACCGCGCUGCAGCAGCUUCAGGCUAGAAAACUGGGGGGAAGCCCAGCCCCUUGGGAGAGUGAUCGGAGACAAAGGAAGCUUCAUGUUCAAAGGGCCAGUGGAGAGCAAAAACGAGGCAGCCAUGUCUGAACUGGUCCCAGAGCCACGGCAAAAACCAGCUGUGCCAAUGAAGCCAAUGGGCAUUAAUGCCAACUUGCUAGGCUACAUCGGGAUUGACACCAUCAUUGAGCAGAUGCGCAAGAAGACCAUGAAGACAGGUUUCGACUUCAACAUCAUGGUUGUAGGUCAGAGUGGGCUGGGGAAGUCGACGCUGGUGAACACCCUCUUCAAAUCCCAGGUGAGCCGCAAAUCUUCAGGCUGGAACCGCGAGGAGAAGAUCCCCAAGACGGUGGAGAUCAAAGCCAUUGGCCACGUCAUUGAAGAAGGUGGUGUCAAGAUGAAGCUGACUGUGAUUGACACCCCAGGAUUUGGGGACCAGAUCAACAACGAGAACUGCUGGGAACCUAUUGAGAAAUACAUCAAUGAGCAAUACGAAAAGUUUUUGAAAGAGGAAGUGAAUAUUGCAAGGAAGAAACGAAUUCCAGACACACGAGUGCACUGCUGCCUCUACUUCAUCUCCCCCACAGGCCACUCCCUGAGGCCUUUAGACCUGGAGUUCAUGAAACAUCUCAGCAAGGUAGUGAACAUCAUCCCUGUUAUUGCCAAGGCUGACACCAUGACUUUGGAGGAGAAGACUGAAUUCAAACAAAGAGUGCGCAAAGAGCUAGAAGUAAAUGGCAUCGAGUUUUACCCCCAGAAAGAAUUUGAUGAGGACCUGGAGGAUAAAACAGAGAACGACAAAAUCAGGCAGGAGAGCAUGCCCUUCGCAGUGGUGGGCAGCGACAAGGAAUACCAGGUGAACGGCAAAAGAGUCCUGGGCAGAAAAACACCUUGGGGGAUCAUCGAAGUGGAAAACCUCACUCACUGCGAAUUUGCCCUACUUCGAGACUUCGUCAUCAGGACCCACCUUCAAGACCUAAAAGAAGUGACCCACAACAUCCACUACGAGACCUACAGGGCCAAGCGGCUGAAUGACAACGGAGGGCUGCCCCCCAUGACCGCCGAGACAGAGGAAAGCCAUGAAAGUAACCUGUGAAUGACCCCUCCCUCCUGCCACCCCCUG